AAGAAAAAAAGAAAUAUUAAAAUGGAAACUUCAUCGGUAGUGCGACGACGUUUUCCAAAUAGUUUCUCUAUUGAUAAUAUUUUAUCGACUCCAAUAAAUUCGUCAGCAGCAAAUUUAAUGAAAAUAUCAAAUGAUGAUAUAUCAAGUGAUCGAAUGCAUUGCUUAUAUACAGCAGCAACAACAGAUCGGAAUAUAAAUGAUAUGAAUAGCGAUGUGCAAGUCUCAAGUCCUGAAUCAAAUUUUACUGAAGAAAUGCUCGAAGAUGCUAAAAGUGACAUAACUUCAGAAGAUGAUCAUGGAUCUCAAGAUGAUCGUAAGAAACGUCCACGUACCGCUUUCUCUGCCUCACAAAUUAAAGCUUUGGAAACCGAAUUCGAGCGAGGAAAAUACUUAUCGGUUGCCAAACGUACAGCUUUAGCUAAACAAUUGCAUUUAACCGAAACACAGAUAAAAAUUUGGUUUCAAAAUCGUCGGACAAAAUGGAAACGCAAAUACACUGCCGAUGUAGAGACUCUAGCCUCUCACUAUUAUGCCCAGCUAGGUAUGGGCGGUCUGGCGCGACCUAUGGUAGUGGGGGAUCGUCUUUGGCUAUUCAGUCAAACACCAACUGGUCCGACGCCCAUACAAUCGAUUAUGUUAAAUAAUAAUAAUCCGGCAAUUGGAACGACCGGCGGCCUGGCGAAUACUCAUUUACGUGCGUACGGCAGUCCGCCUGGCUUAAUAGCACAACAUCCGCCACCGCCACCUUCAGCAAUAUCAGCCUCGAGUAGUGUAAUCGAAAGCGCUAGAAAUGCUUUACUAUCACGUGGUCAACCAUUAAAUUUUACUUUACCCUAUGGAAAAAUUCCCGUUUCAAGUAAUUUCCUAACGCAACGUUCUUCUCCAAAUGCUCAUUUAAUGGCAUCAUCACCAUCCUCGUCAUCAUCAUCGUCAUCAUUGCCUUCUAGAUUCAUCGAUUAUUAUCAAAGUCAACCGACCUUGAACACAGAUUCCUAUUUACAUUUCAAAUAUAAUGUUUUACAAAAUCUACCGUUAACCGAUGUUAACGAAACGGAUACAAUGACUCCGCCAUCCACUAAUGGUUUAGCUGAAUUGCAGCGAGUUUUCGGUGAUGCGAACGCAAACUUCUUGGAACAUAAAUCAUCUCUAAGCACAGAUUACGGUUUCAAUGCUUUAGGUCAGACUCAUAAUAGCCAAAGUGAUUCGGAAUGCAGUGAAAUCGAUUGUGAACAAAUCGACGAUGAAUAA